AUGCAGGCCAGGGCCGAGAUGCUGGUGGUGGAAUUGGCUGACAUCGGCCCCGGCUUCAAUUGGGCUGAGCCUUGCUCCAGAGGAUGCAUGCAGCUUCUGAUGAAGUAUGGCAUUCAGAUAGCCACCUGGACCGAUGGAAAGGGGAAUGUCAGAUCUCGUCGGCUGCGCCACGAGCCGGAUCUGGAUGUUGCUGCGAAGACCUAUGCUGGAAUCUCUAGGCUCUCUUGCGAUGCGAUCUCGGAGAGAGCAUUGCGGAGCAUGCCCUUCGAGACCGUGAACGAGCAGUAUGUCCGGCAGCGGAAGGUCCUGGUGUGCGAGCGCUGCCGGCGGCCGAUGGACACCUCGGUUCAGCACCGGGACGCCUACCAAACGGGUGGCAGCAUUGCGGGUUCUCUGGGUGGCUCUGUAGGUGGCUCCAUGCUAGCCGGGGCAGUCCUCGGCCCCGUUGGCGCUCUCGCUGGUGCUGUGGGCGGCGCCAUUGCUGGCUCUCGCGCCGGUGCUGCUGCGAGCGAAGGCAUUUGCGACGCCGUCGACUCCAGUGGGACUCAGCUGUGCAAUGCGUGCAAAGAAGCUGCGAAUGUUCGGCAGAUGGGCCACCAAAAUUGGGGUGGCGGCCGGUUGGGAAGUGGUGAUGAGCCAACUGCCCCUCUGCAGGCGUCCUCUGCAUCCGCGCCGAGUGCCCCUGGCGUUGGGGAGCGGCUUGGCGAGGUGGCGAGUGGUGCUGGGGCCAAGAUCGGAGAGGCGGCAUCUGCUGUUGGAGAGGGUUUGAGUGGUGUCGGCAGCUGGAUGAGGAAGUCCGUGAGCUCCAUGACUGGUAGUGAAGAGCCCAAGCCGAAAGCAUCUGGGCGGCCGGACGAGGCCUUCCGAAGCUUUGAGGGAUCUGGGCGAGCCUUGGGCACUCCCGUGGAUGUUGACCAGCGGCGGAAUGCCCGGGCGGCCGCAGCAGAGGCGGCCAUGAGAAGAGCCGGACAGGCUCCUACCAAUGGAUACGCCCAGACAUCAGCUCCAGGUGGAGGAGCUGCGAAUGCUGCAAGCGCGCAGGCGCUGAUCGAUGAGGACGAGGCUUUGGCGCGGCGGCUACAGGAGCAGUUCGAUCUAGAGGAACGGGAAGGGCGAUGA